AUACGGCCAUACCACCUAGACACUUGCAUACUCUUUCUUCUUCAGCUCAAAACCCACGCAAAAAAUACUCAACAAAUCAGCUGAGCAGAGGAGAACCCGAAUAAUUAAAUACUAAAAUCCCCCCUAGCCGCCGUCGCCGUCGCCGACGCCGCCGCCCAAGGGAAGACCAGCAGGGGGGAGGACGACGACCACGGGGCGCCUCGCUGCUUCCGGCACGAGCCGCGGCCUGCUGCCGCCGCACGGCUUCCGGAGCUAACCGCCGCCCCGGAGCCGGGUUCUUCGCUCCGGUCCCUGGUCGGGCGGUGCUGCCGGAGGUGGCGACGGCGGCUGCGGCUGGCUGGUGGCCGGCAGGGCGAUGGCCCCGGCGAGGAGGAAGCGCGGCGUGUCCGCGGCUGCCGCGGCCGCGGCGGCCGCGGCGCAGUGGAAGCUCGGCGACCUCGUGCUCGCCAAGAUGAAGGGCUUCCCGGCCUGGCCGGCCAUGAUAAGUGAACCAGAGCAGUGGGGUCUGGCUUCUGUUAAAAAUAAGCGUCUGGUCUACUUCUAUGGAACUAAACAAAUUGCUUUCUGCAGCUAUGCAGAACUGGAGGCGUUCACUGAAGAGAAAAGGAGGUCUCUGUUUGCUAAGCGGCAUGGCAAAGGGGCAGAUUUUGUGAGAGCAGUUGAUGAGAUAAUUGAUGUUUAUGAUUCUUUGAAGGAAGAUAGUAAUAAAAGGCUUGAUCUGACUGCCAAUGAAGUAAAACCGGGAGAAGAAAAUCCUGGUGAUAAUAAUGACAUUUUGGAACCUAAAGGUCUAGUUAAGAGCUCUAAUAUGGGUAGUGAUAAGAAGUUAGUAGACCAUCCAGUAAUUGUAAUAGAUCACAACUUAGUCAAUGCUGAUGAGGCAUCUGUUGUUUCAACAGGGAGUGCCCGAUGCAUUGUUAAUUCUGCUCCUGAUGGGCCUACUGACAAUAUAUCGAUGCUUGAUGAAAUGAGGAAUAUCCCUUUGUCUGCUAGUUCAUUUUCGAAGAAGAAGCUAAGGGAUGUACACCCUCAAAAUUGCUACACACGGAGUAGGGCUCCAGCUUUGCGGAGGUCAAGAAGUUCAUCUGGUGUCGGAAUCAGAAAGGUUCAGGAUUCUUGCAAGCUUUCGGGCGAAACCAGUUUGGCUUCUGUUGAUUUGGUUCCUGAUGACAACAAGGAAGAUUCCACUCUUCAUAAAGACGCAAGCUCAGGUUCCCCUUCUAUGCUGGAUGAUGUUUGUUUUCGUUCAAGAGGAGGCACCUUCAAUCAACCUGGAACUCCUGGGGCCAGUGACAGUAAUAAAAAUUUGUCUUCUACUGCUAAGGUAGAUUAUACCUGUGACAGUGAAGCAUCUCAAAACGGAGCUUCAACAACAGAAUUUAAAUCUAAUGGUGCAUCAAGUCUUCCCAUGAAGUCAACGGUAAUUUUCAAGAGAAAAAGGAAGCCAAGUAGAAACUGGGUUCCCCACACUGCAGAUUGUAUCACAUCAAAAAAGGACGAAGAAUUGCAGGAUGAGUUGAGUGGAAACCUUGGAGAUUCUCCUAAUUCAAAGAAUGAAUUAAAUAAGUCAGACGGAGAUGAACACUUGCCGUUGGUCAAAAGGGCAAGGGUUCGAAUGGGAAGGCCUCAGCUGGAGGCUUCACCAGGGACAGAUGAACAGAUUGAUGUUCCUAAUAAUAGAUCAGGGGUUGCUUCACCUGCAGAGCACAUUGUUAUGCACACUAGUAAUGCUUUUUCAGCUGAUCAGUCAUCAGCGGUAAAUAGUGUUCCAAAUCUGUCAUCCAUAUCGGACAUGCCUCUCCCAUCAGGGGAAGGUCACUCUGUUUCGAAGAAUAAAGAAUAUCAACCAAGGGUUUUAACAUUGGAUGUGGAAGCUGCUUUGCCUCCAUCAAAACGCCUCCACCGUGCUUUAGAAGCUAUGUCUGCUAAUGUUGCGGAAACUAUUAGUAGUCUGCCUGAAGAGACAGGAUCAAAGCAAUUGACUCUAAAAGACUGUGUGUCUUCAGAAAACAGCCAUUCCAAUAAAUCUGCUGAUGCAGUAAUCACAACCUCCGACAAGUCUGGAAUAAUUGAAGGCCUUGAAUCAUCAAGCAUGCAAUUCAUGCAUAGCUCAACAGGCAAAACACACACCCCAGGAUCGAUUUUACAGAAUAAUAAUGUAGUUGUUUCCAUGAAAUUGAAUGAACCUGUUCUUGAUGUGACACAGACCAUAGCUGUGCCUGAUCGGUUAUCUUCAUCUUCGGGGAAACCAUGUAAUGACGUCUCCAAGCUAAUUAGCUGCAGUAGUGAUACAAAACCACUUGGCUGCCCUACUUUGGAGGUCAACAGAAGUUAUGACAGAUGUGGUGAACCAGUUCACCUACCAAAGCUUCUAUCUGAUAAUAAUGUGAGCAGUGAUUCAGUACCACAUGGUGAGACUGUUUUAGCAUCAGCAACCAAUUUGGGCGAUGCAACAAGUAGCUCUUCAUUGGCUACCAAGUCUUCCAGUAUACAGUCUGAUGCAGAUACCCGAACAUCUGAAGUGCACACCUUCUCAGCUUUGGCAUUAAAAGAACUGAACCACAGAAACCUGAAGGAUAGGUGCACCUCUCCAGAUUCAAUGCCUAUGAAAGAACUCAUUGCUGUUGCCCAAGCUAGGAGGUUCUCUCGAUCAACUUCCUUUUCAGAUAACUUGUUAAUCAGCAAGUAUAUUGCAAAGACUUCAGUCAGCACACCUCUUAAGGAAGGACAGGGACAGCUUUCACCGUCGAAUCGGAUAAUCAGGCACACCUCUACAAUUGACAGCAUUCAUUCCAAGAGUCCUUUUGACAGCCUGCAACAUAACGAUGUGAAAACAAUAGCAGGGAGCAGCGAGGCUAGUGCAGCACGAAAGGCUUUUGAAGCUUUUGUUGGUACUCUAACAAGAACAAAAGAAAACAUAGCCCGUGCAACGCGUCUUGCUAUUGAGUGCGCUAAACAUGGCAUUGCCCGGGAGGCACUUGAUAUUAUUGUUGAACACAUGGAGAAGGAAACAAAUUUGUAUAAGAGGGUGGACCUUUUCUUUCUUGUUGAUUCAAUAACUCAGUGCUCUCGAAAUCAGAAAGGUGGUGCUGGGGAUCUAUACCCCUCUCUUAUUCAGGCAAUUCUGCCCCGAUUACUUUAUGCUGCUGCACCACCUGGAAAUUCUGCAUGGGAAAAUCGAAGGCAAUGUCUCAAGGUUUUGAAACUUUGGCUUGAGAGGAAAACACUUCCAGAAUACAUCAUUCGUCACCAUAUUAGAGAACUUGAGGUUAUUAAUGAGGCAUCAUUUGGAAGCUCUCGCCGUCCUUCAAGGACAGAAAGAGCUUUAAAUGACCCUUUGCGUGACAAUGAAGGAAUGCUCGUUGAUGAGUAUGGGAGCAAUGCUGGUUUUCACAUACCAAACUUAAUUUGCACGAAAGUACUCGAGAACGAUGAAGGAAGCUCAUCUGACGACAGGAGUUUUGAGGCCGUCACACCUGAACAGGAUGCUCCAGGUGGUGAUGCGAUGGAAGAAUCUCAAAUUCCUGUGGAGAAGCAUCGGCUUGUCCUUGAAGAAGUUGAUGGUGAGCUUGAGAUGGAGGAUGUAUCUCCACCAUCUGAAGCUGAAGCUAAUAUCUUACGCCAACCAGACCAAAGUGAUACCAACUUUACAUCUUAUCACCAUCCUUCAGAUACUGGUCCUCCGCUCCCAAACGAUGGGCCUCCAAUACCCCCGCCAUUGCCAUGUUCUCCUCCACCUGUUCCACCUCCUCCGCCUGUCCCCAUUGAUCAGAGUACGCAGUUGCAGGCAACAUUACAAAUGGCAUCUGAUCCAGUGGGACCACAUCCUCCGAUAGCUACAUAUAAUGUUCAAAGUCAGCAGUCACAUCCUAUGGUGGAUCACCCACGUGGCAUGAAUCCUUCUGUAGCUCCACUGCAUCCUCCAUUCUGUAAUACGGCACCUGGUGUGCACCAAAAUCAGAUCACACCACCCAAUCCUCCUGGACACCGUAGCAAUUUCCCUAGACCACCAGCACCAUACCACGGGAGUAACUAUCAACACCCAACUUCAUCGAUGCCUAAUGGGGGAUAUCAUUUGCAACGACCACCCCCUCCACCUCCUCCAAAUCAAUUCCCUCGUAUGCCAUCAGAACCCCACCAAAGACCACAACAAUGGAGUAAUAACUGUUCGUCCUAUCCUGAGACUUAUCAGUAUAAUGGGCAUGAUCGAGAUCAUCACAGACAUGAUAGCAUGCAUCAGGGGCAUGAUGGACGACCUCACUUCAGUGAUAGAAGAUAUCACCACGAGGACAGAGGACAUCGGUUUGAUGAGAGAGUUAUUAGGGGGCCGAUGCACCAUGAUGCUGGCAGGGGAAGAUUUCCUCCUUUUCCACCAGGACCACCUGGUCCAGACCAAGCAUCAGUAGCCCCAAUGCACUAUGGACGACCAUCAGAUCCUCCACAAGGUCCCUGCUCCGGGUGGUCUACCGAGCCUCCAGUUCCUCAUGUAGCAGGAGCACAUGGUAGCUGGAGGCCUAGAUAACACUUCACUAUGUUUGAACGGUAAAGCCACUUGCUCUGCUGCCCCAAUAUCUGCCACCUUGUACAUACGUAUGGUGGGAUACCUUCUGGUGCGCAGAAGCGGAAGGUGGACUGAACACGUCAAGGGCUAUAUUGCAGGGAUAGGCUGUCAUGUAUCAAUCGUAACCAUAGAUUGUAUUGUUAGCCUAACAUCGUUGAGUAUCAUUCGUCGAGUCUUCAUUAUUUAUAUGUCCAUACAGUAAUCCCUUAUGUCCUUGUGAACAGCUACGUUCAGAUGACUUGCUGAAACUGUACUAUUACAUCGUACAUAAGCCAGAAAAAAACAAACAAAUAUCAUUUUGCUGCAGAAA